AGUCAGUCGGAUACGGCUCGAGAAACAUGGAAAUUUCCGCCACCCUUUAGUGAAAAUGAUGCUCUUCCCAUCUCCGUUUUGUAAUAAGCUCCAACGCCCGUGAAUGCCGAUAAUAAGCGAAUACUUUUCGCGUGGUAGAAGCAGACGCCAAGGACAACUGGAUGUGAAAAAUCCCGUCCUUGUUAAUGUCGCUGACAACGAGUAUUGCCUGGGAUACCUUCAAGAUGUUGAUGGUGAUAACCUCUUCGUGGACUUUGACUGUACCACCCUUCCGCCAUGGUGGUUUCCAGCGGGGCGCGUGUGGUUCUACAACCUCAACCAGGGAUACUAUCCUACGGAUAAGGAAAUACUCGUGGCGGUGAGAAACGAGCCAACUGGACCGUAUAUUUUCCGUCCGGCGAUAGUUGUCUGGUACUACUGCGACUUGUUCUUGUGCCGUCUCAUUCGAAAGCCAGUGGAUUCCGAGACAACCUCACUGCAUUUCGUGCACCGUUGGCAAACCGCUUACUGGGAUGGAGGGUCGGUGAUGAAGCGAUCUUCGAAGCUGGAUGUCGAGAAGGUUGUGAUAUGCUUAAAAACGACGGAAAUCACUGAUGAAAUUGACGGGUUUAAUAUUGCCGAGGAUCUAAAGGCGUGUUACCCGGGUUCCGAUACGGUUUCCCCACGCUUCGUGGAUCGAAUCUUUGUGCGAAAUAAAGAGAAUGAAAUUGUCUUCCUGAUUGUGAUCGGAGGCGGUAUCUACGAUGCAACGCCAUAUUAUUUAUUUGCGCGGCCUUGCUGCAAAAUCCACUCAAGAGGUCCAGUUACAGCUGGAAAAGUUGUAGCCAGUGUGAGGAAGUAUCUCCAUCUUCGCUCCAACAAGCCAGAAUUUCCGCGCAUUAUGCCAGCUUCAGAUAGAACUGAAUGCCCUUUUACGUUUCUUCCAACUGAAAUCACGAAGGAAACUUUGCUUUACUUGGACGUCCACUCACAGGCCGUUACCAAGCGCGUAUGCGCCCUGUGGAACAUUCUAAUGUCUGAUGUCGAUUCGUCAGUGUUCGCGACAAUCGACUUCAGUCGAAAGGGUAUGUCGCCGUUCCACCGCGCUACGACAAGCUAUCAUUAUGGAUUCGUAUUAAAUCAUGCUGUGAGCCGAGACACCAAAGUGUUGUCACUAUUAAAGCUGAGUCAACGCGUUAACAACAAUGAAAGCAUGGCUGCACUGAUGGAGAUCACCAGCACCGUGCUGACUAUGAACAACGCCCAUUUAUCUGUGCUGCUGGUGAAACAUUGGGAGGUGACCGUUAAUCGACCACCGGGUGUAAAAUUUGAAAGCACUGAUUUCUUCGAUUUCCAAACCAGCGAACGCCACUAUCCGAUUUUACCAUUACAAUUGAAGAAAUUCUGUCGGCAGUUGGUUUUCUCACAGUUUGUCGUGGACUUUGAUAUGCAUUUCGAUAAGAAAACCUUUCCCAAAUAUGCCAAACAUCGGAUGCCGGGUUUCGCUCAAGCCAGCACUUUGAGCAGUCUGCGCAUCGAAAUUCCCAAUGUGCGCUUUGCUGGCGAGGAUAGUUUCGACGACAGCACAGAUCGGUUUACGCGCACACUGGACGACUGCUGCCCGACGACGGACUGGUUCACUAAAGAACAGCUAUGGCGACUCCAUGCCGCCUGGGUUCAUACUGUUCCGUAUCCAGGGAAGAAGUGGGUUGUAUUCAUGCAGCAUUUAGAAUAUUAUGGAAUACGCCAACAUGUGGGUUCAUCAGUUUGGAGGGAUUUGGAUCUACGGGAGUUCGACAAUCUUCCGUUUAGCAAACUUAGUUUGGCGAUUCUUACUCGUGACUAUCUUCAUCCUUAGCCAUCUAUAAAGUAAUUCCAGAAAAUGUGUCGUUGCGCUGGUAUUCUACUGCUUCAUGUACAUUUUCCUAGUUUGUUAACCUUUUGCAAUCUGAUAGUUUAAUUUGACCUUUUUUAUAAUUAAUUUUGUGAUAAUUAAUUAAUUUUGGGAGCUUAUAAACCAAACAUUC